CCUCUCUCUCCCUCGCCUCUCCUUCUCUCUCUCAGUUCAUAACUUCACUGCUUGCAGCGCUGCUUCACUGUAUUCUUCAUCAUGUCCUGGACUCAUCUGGUCUUUCUCUCUCUGCUCGCCACCCUCCUCAUCCUCACACGUAAGUACCCCGAUAGGGGGUUGACAUGCUGGGGAUGGGGUCGGGGGUCAAGGAAAGGUGUGGGAGAGGAAAUGGUGGGUGACAUUUUUUACUUUUCUAUGGUGAAGGUUUGAUGUUUAUGGUGAGACCUUUUUUGAAAGGUGCAUGUUCAGAAGUUCUAAAAAGAGGCCUUCCUGAUCAACUCAAGUGUAAAAUUGACAAAAACCUCCCUCUCUCUUCUCCAGUCUUCACCGGGGUGGAGAGUGCAUCGGUGAGAGACGAAAAAGAUGGAAGAGACGGAAAAGCUGCAGAGCCCAAAGGUGAGUGUCGUAUGUUCCAUACCCCCUCCCAAUCUGAGUGACCCCAAUGACCCUCUUUGACCCUUACCUGCUACCCUCUGCCCCCAGGGUCAGCGCGGCGAGUCUUCAUGCCCGAAGCGGACGCAACAAACUUCUUCAAAAAGCGCAGUCGGCGCUCGGCCAAACAUGAGGCGGAGGUCCUCGGUGAGGCUGUUUACCAUUAAUAUGGGGUGUUACCAUGGAGACGGAGCCAGGGCAGGACAGGGCAGGGCAGGACAGGGGGCAUGGGGGUUGAUGAUGGUAGUGUUUGUAUGUGGUUGAAGUUGCUGGUGCCAUUAUGGCCAGUUUGUUUUGGGAGGUUUCCAGCACUCUGUAGAGGCUGGUGGUGUGUGUGGGUGUGUGUACUCAAAGUCUAUUAAUUUGAUGGUCUGUGGAUUAAAAUGUUGGGUGGUGUGGUUUGAGGUCAUGGCUGUGAACUCUGAGGGCAGACUGAAGACUCCAAAUCUCCCACAGGUGUAUCGCUAGCAGCUGCUCCCAAAGCUUAUAAGCAUUUGAAGCCAUCUGCUUCACACAAAUAUACACACACACACACACACACACACACACACACACACACACACACACACACACACACACACACACACACACACACACUGGCUGGAGGCAGCAAAAGGAGUCACAGGGUAGUAUGGAGCAGCCUCUCUCCCUAUCUCCCUCUCUCCCUCUCUCCCUCUCUCUCUCUCGCUCUCUCUUGCUCUCUCUCCCUCUCUCCCUCUCUCCCUCUCCCUCUCUCCCUCUCUCUGUCCCUCUCAGCCAGUCCCAGAGACAGACAGGCUGUCGUCUGCUCCAGCUCUCCCCCUGUCAGUGCACCUCUCUGGGCCACCGCUCAGAGAAAACAAGCCCACACUCCUGGAAAGCGUCAGUUACAAAAGACCGUUUAUAUCGCCUGCCAGCCAGUCACCGAGGCGCUGGGUGUGCACGAGAGAGAAGGGGGGAGAAGUGUGUGCGUGCAUGAGGGUAUGUGUGAAUGUGUGUAUGUGUGUGUGUGCGCACAUGAGGGUGUGUGUGUGUGUGUGUGUGUAUACGACUUUGAUGUGACCGUGUUAGGGGAGUGAUGCGCAGGUAGCAGGAAAGGCACUGCAGGAGCUGAGACAGGAAUGUGUGGACCAAUUAACCAUUAUAGUGCAGAGAGAGAGAGAGAGAAUAAGAUGAAAUGAGAGAGAGAAAAGAAAGCAAAGAAACCUGAGGAGGAUAAUGGAAAGGUCUGUUGACUUGGCCAUUGGGUUAGAGUAAGACACGUGAGCAGGUCUGCAGCCACGAUGACAGAGAGAGAGAGAGAGAGAGAGAGAGAGAGAGGGAGAGAGAGAGAGAGAGAGAGAGAGAGAGAGAGAGGAGAGGGAGAGAUUUGUGACCUGUUGCCACACGAAAAGGGCAACCAGUGAAGAACAAACACCAUUGUAAAUACAAUCCAUAUUUAUGUUGAUUUAUUUUCCAUUUUGUACUUUAACUAUUUGCACAUCAUUAAAACACUGUACAUAGCCAUAAUAUGACAUUUGAAAUGUGUCUAUCCCUUUGAAACUUGUGAGUGUAAUGUUUACAGUUUUGAUUGUGUAUUUCACUUUUGCUUUGGCAAGGUGAACAUGUUUCCCAUGCCAAUAAAACCCUUUGAAUUGAGUUGAAUCAGACAGAGAGAGAGAUAGCAAACACAGCCAGUAAGCCUAGUACCUGAGAAAGUUUCCAUUCUGCAAAGCCUCAUUCCAACAGACCGUUUCGUAAGAAAACAACCUACUAUUCAGAGUGUUUGUUCUUGUUGUGUGUGUACUCAAGACAUUGUGAUGUAACCUUAACACUUCUGUGAGUACCCCAAUGAGGGUUAGUGUCCAAUGUACACAGCACCUGUCUGUGUGUCUGUGUGUCUGUCUGUGUGUGUGUGUGUGUGUGUGUGUGUGUGUGUGUGUGUGUGUGUGUGUGUGUGUGUGUGUGUGUGUGUGUGUGUGUGUGUGUGUGUAUGUUUGUGUGUGUGCGUGUGUAUAAAGCAACAGGUACAGUAUCUCUCCCAAAAACUGUAUGAUAGAGUUGGACUGCCUGCAGGGGAGUGUGUGACCUGAGGAAAGUGUGAGGUGAGGACAGGUUGGAAGUUUGGCGGCAAACAUGAUCGAGGUUCAUUACGUAACUAAGACAAGACCUGUCACUCUACCUCAGUGACCAUAACACCUUAUUCCAUCUCUCCUUCUUUCCCUCUCUUUUCCCCCUCCUCCCUCCCUCUCUCCCCCCGUAGCUGAGCAGAGGGUGAGGCUGUCGGCUGAUGAGAGGAGGAGGGAGUACUAUGACGAACAGAGGAAUGAGUUUGAGAACUAUGUGGAAGAGGAGCGCGAUGGUAAGACCGACUAACUCUGUUCCAAAUAUGAGGUUUAAACCAUAACUGACCAUUUGGUUCAACUCAGGCCCUUAUACCGCUUAGUGGUAAAUGCCACAGCUUGAUUUGUCUGCAGUAAUCACAGUCUAAUCACAGUUAUCACACAGUGUGCUGCACUGAACACUUUGACCACACGACUGUAUAGGGAUUUGUUGGGUUUGUGGUUGUUCUUGUGCCUAUUAUGUAUCUGGAAAGGGUUUUCUCCCACAUAAGUAAACCGAAGUGUUUCACAUGAAGGACAGAAAUACACUUUCUUAGUCCUCCGCGUUCUACACUCUGAAGGUUGCCACAAACAGAAAACCUUUCCUUUCCCCUCUCUCUGCUCCCUUCCUCUGCUCUCCUCUCUCCAUCCACAGAGCAGGAUGAGAGGACACGGGAGAAGACAGAGCAGUGGCGUGAGUUCAACUAUGAUGGACUCUACCCCCGUUAUCCACGCGGUUGGUGAGCAUGCUCCAUAGGCCAAGGGGUUCAGAACAUAGUGCACCAGCCUGUGAUUGGUAGGACCCUGUGUCACUUAAGACACCUAGCCUAUCAGACGGACAUUACAAGACCAUGGGAAAUGGCCAAACCAUCACUCACCUAGGAGUAAAAAGGUUUACGUACAAAACUAUUACACUCAAUCAUUUAAAAUGGUAAUAUUAUGUAGAUAAAAUGCAGUUUUGUAGCGUUUAUAUUAAAGACUUUGGGUGGGGCAGGUCAAGUUCGAAAAAGGAGGCUGUUGUGAUUGUGUGUGUAUUUCUAUGCAUGCUUAUUUCAGUCUCUAUCUUUGUACAUGUAUCUGGGUGGUAAACUGUUGGGUGUGGUCUGUGUAUCUUCCACAUCUGUCUGUGUAUCAAACUGUAUUGUCCUUUCUGUAUUGUAACCAAACUGUAAUCACAUAUGAAACCUGUACUGUAAUUCAGAACCACAGAGACCAAUAAAGACAAUACUAAAAUCUAAAA